AUGGUUGUCACGGUGUCAACUGAUGAACGAAACAGCGAAGAGAGGGGAGUUAAAAACUUUUGUUUUUCGGCUGGAGAUGAUAAGUUAUCAUUACGUUCUCAAGCUCGUGCUCGUGAAGAACGUGAAGGAAAGCGAUCCCACUUAGAUGAACGCCAUCAUCAUUUAUUUGAUAUAUUAGCCACGCGAUUAGGAAUUGAACGACAUGAGGUGGAAGACAGUAUACUCGAUAGUCCCAAUUUCAGUCUUAUGGACCUGUUUUUUAUAGAUGGCGGAAAUCAAUAUUUGGUAUUUUUUUAUCAAUCGGAUCAUUCUAAUACAAAUGAUUCUUAUCGUCCAUCACUCUCACCAUUUUUACCUCGUUCUGUGAAAUUGUCAAGGCAUACAAAACCAAAAGUGAUCAUAGCCGACUUAGCUGAACACAGUUUAAGAGGUGUUUGCCUAUGUUUCAUAAGAAAUUCCAAAAAAACACCAAUUACAAUAGCAAAUAUCCAUACUGAAGUAUUUUUUUACACAUUCGAAUGCAAUGCAGAUCAACCUUUGUUACAAGCAUUGGGUCGUACAAUAAGUGAAAUAUAUUUACCUUAUUUACAAGUUAGUGAUACCACAUGGGGUAAAUUAGGCAAUGAAAAUCAAUUAGUUAAAGUAGAUUUUUUAUCCAAACUAUCCAAUUUUGUCUCAAAUCUCUAUAGUGCCCAAGAAAGUAUAAAUGAACGUGUUUUAUUAAAACCAUGUGAUAAAAUUGAUAUUAGUCAAUUACAAAACGCAGCUGAUUAUGUGUCAGUAGCCUCAAAUAAUGAAGCAUUACAGUCGAUUGAAGAUACAAUGAAAAUAUGGAUCAAACAAAUGCAACAAGUAUUAGCUGAAAGUGAACAAAUUCGUCGUGAAGCAGAUAAUAUUGGUCCACGAGCAGAAUUAGAAUAUUGGAAAAAACGUAUGACAAAAUUUAAUUUUUUACUCGAUCAAAUUAAAGGAACAGAUGUCAAGGCUGUGCUUACAAUUUUACAAACAGCAAAAUCAAAACUCAUACAACAAUGGAAAUUAUUAGAUGGUAAAAUAACAGAUGCUGCUAAUGAAGCAAAAGAUAAUGUUCGAUAUUUAUAUACAUUGGAAAAAUUUUGUGAACCAUUGUACAAUUCAGAUCCUGUGGGAAUGUUAGAUUCAAUACCAGGACUUAUUAAUGCUGUGAGAAUGAUACAUUCUAUAUCAAGAUAUUAUAAUACAUCGGAGAGAAUGACAUCAUUAUUUGUCAAAAUAACAAAUCAGAUGAUAACUACGUGUAAAAAUUAUGUGACCAAUAAUUAUACGGAAACAAUUUGGUCACAAGAUCAAUCUGUUCUUAUCUCAAAAUUACGUGAUUGUAUUAAACUUAAUGAUGAAUAUCAACGAAAUUUUCAAUUAACAAAAACAAAAUUAGCUCAAACACCAAAUGAUCGUCCAUUUGAUUUUAGUGAAAUGUAUAUAUUUGGAAAAUUUGAUUCAUUUCAACGACGAUGUGAAAAAAUAAUUGAUAUGUUUUCAACAAUAAAUAUGUAUCAACAUUUACAAGAUUCAAAAAUUGAAGGAAGUAGUGCAUUUUAUUCAAAAUUCAAUAUUAUUGUUCUAAGUAUGAAAAAAAAAGACUAUGAUUAUUUGGACCAACGAAAACAAGAUUUUGAUUUGGACUAUGAUGAAUUUAAACGAUCAAUACAAGAUUUACAUAAUGGAAUUAAUGAAUUUCUAGAUAAAAUUUUUAAUGCCAUUAGAAAUACAGAACGUUCAUUAACUGCGUUAAAACGUUUUGAAAAAUUACAAUUACCAAAUAUCGGUUUGAAUGAAAAAUAUUCGAAAAUUCUUAAUUAUUAUUCAAAAGAUUUGGAUACUGUAGCAAAAAUAUAUCAGAAAAGUAGUAAAGAACCAUUGAUAUCACGAGAUUUACCGCCGAUAGCUGGUCGUAUUAUAUGGGCUCGUCAACUGUAUCUUCGUGUUCAAAAACCAAUGAAUAUUUUUGUGGCUAACAAAACUAUUCUUCAAUAUCCAGAUGCUAAAAAAAUUAUCAAAAAUUAUAAUCAAUUAUCAAAAGUAUUACUCUCCUAUGAAAUGUUAUAUCAUCGUGGAUGGUUAAGACAAGUCAGCGUUAUAUCAACUGGUAUUAAUUCUUCUUUACUCGUUCUUGUUCGACAUGAUAAUGAUUUCAGCAGUGGUUCAGCUAUCUCAUUUACAUCGACUACACAGUCACUCAUUACAUCAUCAACAUUAUCCUCAUCGGGAAAAUCACCCGAUUAUAUGAUCAAUUUUGAUCCAAAUAUUUUAGAAUUAAUUCGAGAAACACAAUGUUUAGCACGAUUAGGAUUAGAGAUACCGAAAGAGGCUGCUGUUCUAGCACAACGUGAAGAAAUAUUAAAAAAGCAUUAUCAAGAUUUAACAAGAUUAUUAGAGAAGAACAAAACACUACGAGAAAAGAUAAAGCCAGUAUUUGAACCUCUAUUACUACCAAAACUUCGUAAAUUAAACGAUAUUAUAAAACCAGGUCUAACAACAUUGACUUGGGCAUCGUUAACCAUAGACGAUUAUGUCAAAACGUUUGAUGAUGCAUUAUCAGAAUUUGAUUUACUGUUAGAACGAUCAAAUGAUUUAGUAACUUAUCGAAUUGAUGCUGUACUUGAUAAAAUUGCAUCUAUGUCACUUUGUGAAUUACCCGAAGAUGAACCGAUAUUACCAGAACAAUUUUUGAAAAAUACACAAGAAUUAUGUGGUCGUUGUGCUCAGUUGAUGCAAACGAGCUCUCGUAAUGUUGAAGAAGCUGUUUUGGAAGUAAUUGAUUUAUUAUGUAGUACCGGUACUGAUGAGGAACUAGGAGGAUAUACAAAUGGAGGCAAUGAUGACGAAGAAACAACAGAUGAUGAUAUAUCAAUUGUUAAUAGUCGUGCACAUACGGGGAAAAGUAAGACUAGUCUUCUGAAUACGGCUAGCACGACAAAUAGUUAUAAACGUGAGCCUUCAGCAAAACUGAAUGGACGAUUAAAAUCAGGAAUUCAACAAAGUGAAAUUAAAAGUGGUGGUAGACGGAAAUAUGAAUCUAGUGAACAAUUACAAACAGCUAUUAAAGAAUUAAUCAAUUAUUUUAGCCAUAAAAAUUUAGAUGCAAUUGUGAAAGUAAUUAAAUUAACAUUAGAAAAACUGAGAAAAAGAAUUACAUCAACACUAACCUAUGGUCGUAAUAAUCAUGAAGCACCUGUAUUUAAAGUUUUCGCUGAAUUAGCGAUUCCAAAUAUUGUUGUCCAACCACCCACAGAUGAAGUACAAUUAUAUCUAAACAAAGCUGUACAAACAAUAUUAUCUGUAGCAAAAAAUAUAUCACAAUGGAGUAAAGACAGAACUAAAUCAAAACGUAACCGAUUAGAAACAUUUGAUGAAACACAAAAUGGUUUUGUUGAAAUAGAACCACGUACAAUGGCUCGUCAGAUGAGUUUAACAAAUGCAGAUGUGCUCGAGGAUGAUGAUUUAGCUUUCGGAGGAGGAAGACAGAGUGUAUUAGGUGUAUUCAAAGACGGACCAGGAUCUAAUUCAUUGGCAACACAAAAUCAAGGAGGACAACAUGGUGAACUAGGAAGCAAAGUACGAUUAAAUGAUCCACAAGAUCGACAGCUUGCAGUUGCACCAGCUAACAGCUAUUACAAAAAUGUGUCAGAAAACAAAGAGAUAGCAAAAUUAGUAGCAUUGCUAGCAACAUGUGUUAAUGCAACGAAAAAAGAUAUCACUGUGGCACUUGAACCAUUCACACAUUAUAGUGCUUUAUGGCAAAAAGAUCGUGAUGAAGAAUUAAAAGAUUUUUUAUCUCGUCAACCUCAUGUGGGUGAAUUUGAAACAAAAAUUAAAGAUUAUGAACAAUUAUCAUCAGAAAUUAAUUCACUAGCAGAAUGUAUAUCAGUUGGUCCAUUGGCCAUAUUUACAGUACAUUUAAAAUUUGGUUUGAUAACUGAGACUCGUGAUUGGAUAAUUCGUUAUGGUCAGGCGUGUAAUUUCAAAUAUCGUAAAGAAAUGAAUGAUGUCAUCCAGUUUAUCGAAGAUAUGGAAAAACGUUUACAACGACCAGUUAAAGAUCUCGAAGAUAUUCGAUUAAUUAUGUUAACUGUUAAAGAAUUACGAGAAAAUGAAAUUCGAAUUGAUAUGUCAGUUGGACCUAUUGAAGAAUCGUAUGCAAUGUUACAAGCACAUGAACUCAAUGUAGCAAGAGAAGAAACUGAACGAUGUGAUAAUUUACGCUAUUCAUGGCAAAAACUACAACAACUUUGUUCACAGAUGACUACAAAUCUAUUAAAACUUCAACCACAAUUUAAAAAAGAACUUUUAGAAAAUGUUGUCAAAUUUGUUAAAGACUGUAACAAAUUUUAUGCGGAAUAUGAAAAGAGUGGGCCAACGAUUAGUGGUAUCACACCACGUGAAUCAUCCGAUCGACAAAUUCUCUUUCAAAGUCGAGUAGAAAAUUUGUACAAACGUUAUGAAACAUAUCAUGGCGGUGAAGAAUUAUUUGGUUUAAGAGUAAAUGAAUAUCCACAAUUAGAAAAAAUUAAGAAAGAUUUAGCACUUUUACAACGAUUAUAUACAUUGUACAAUAAAGUGUUGGAUACAGUAGCCAGUUACUAUGAUAUACCGUGGACAGACGUGGAUAUUGAUAAAAUUAAUCAAGAAUUAUUCGAUUUUCAAACAUCUUGUCAAAGAUUACCAAAAGGACUGAGAGACUUUCCAGCAUUUCAUGCACUCAAAAAAACCAUUGACGAGUUUAGCGAAUGUUGUCCAUUAUUAGAAAUGAUGUCAAAUAAAGCGAUGCAACAUCGUCAUUGGCAACGCAUUGCUGAUGUAACAGGAGUACACCAUUUAGAUGUCGAAGCCGAUGAUUUUCGUCUACGACAUGUUAUGGAUUUACCAUUGCUUCAGUUUAAAGAAGAUAUUGAAGAUAUUUGUAUUGCUGCAGUUAAAGAACGAGAUAUUGAAGCAAAAUUAAAACAAGUUGAAAGUGAUUGGAAAUCACAAGAAUUUAAUUUUGCACAAUUUAAAACAAGAGGAGAAUUACUAUUGAAAGGUGAUAGAAUACUAGAAGUAAUUGGAUUAUUAGAAGAUUCGCUCAUGUUAUUAGGAUCGCUAAUGAGUAACCGAUAUAACGUUCCUUUUCGUAAACAUAUUCAAAGAUGGGUUAAAGAUUUGACAGAUACCAAUGAAAUUAUUGAAAAUUGGAUGCGUGUACAAAAUUUAUGGGUUUAUUUAGAAGCUGUUUUUGUUGGUGGUGAUAUUGCUAAACAGUUACCUCAAGAAGCUAAACGUUUUUCAUCCAUCGAUAAAUCAUGGCUAAAAAUUAUGUCAAAAGCUCAUGAACAACCGGCUGUCGUUCAAUGUUGUACAGCAGAUGAAGCACUUAAACAACUAUUACCUCAUCUUCUUGAACAAUUAGAAUUAUGUCAAAAAUCAUUGACCGGUUAUUUAGAACGAAAACGUUUAUUAUUUCCAAGAUUUUUCUUUGUAUCAGAUCCAGCAUUACUCGAAAUUCUUGGGCAAGCAAGUGAUCCACAUACAAUUAAAGCUCAUUUAUUGUCUGUUUUCGAUAAUAUAAAGACAGUACGAUUUCACGAUAAAGAAUAUGAUAAAAUAUUGUCAAUUGAAUCAUCAGAAGGAGAAACAAUUGAAUUAGAAAAACCGGUAAAAGCUGAGGGCAAUGUUGAAGUAUGGCUUAUGUCGCUAUUAAAAGAAUCUCAAAAAUCGUUACAUGGUGUCAUUCGACAAGCUUACAAUGCCCUAUCGGAUUCGGGUUCAUUUAAUCUGAUCGAAUUUUUGAAUACAUAUCCAGCACAAGUUGGCCUGCUAGGUAUACAAUUGAUUUGGACUCGUGAUGCUACUAAUGCCUUGAAAAACGCCAAAUCGGAUAAAAAUCUAAUGAGACAAACAUCAAAAUUAUUUGGUGAUCUUUUGGAUUUACUCAUUGAUCAAACAACCAGAGAUCUGUCAAAAGUUGAACGCACAAAAUAUGAGACACUCAUUACCAUUCAUGUACAUCAAAAAGAUAUAUUUGAUGAAUUAGUCGCGGGAAGUAUUCGUUCAAUAUCUGAUUUUGACUGGUUGAAACAAACAAGAUUUUAUUUCAAUGAAGAAUUGGAUAAAGUUCAAAUAUCGAUCACAGAUGUUGAUUUCACAUAUCAAAAUGAAUUUUUGGGAUGCACCGAACGUUUGGUCAUUACACCAUUGACUGAUCGAUGUUAUAUAACGUUAGCACAAGCUCUUCACAUGUCAAUGGGCGGGGCACCAGCGGGACCAGCAGGAACUGGUAAAACUGAAACGGUGAAAGAUAUGGGUCGUUGCUUAGGAAAAUAUGUUGUCGUAUUUAAUUGUUCGGAUCAAAUGGAUUUUCGUGGUCUUGGUCGAAUAUUUAAGGGACUUGCUCAAUCAGGAUCAUUCGGAUGUUUCGAUGAAUUUAAUCGAAUCGAUUUGCCCGUACUAUCGGUGGCCGCCCAACAAAUCGCCAUUAUUUUAGCAUGUAAGAAAGAAAAAAAACGACAGUUUACAUUUACUGAUGGUGAUAUGGUCGAAAUGAAUAUGGAAUUUGGAAUAUUCUUGACUAUGAAUCCUGGUUAUGCUGGUCGUCAAGAAUUACCGGAAAAUCUAAAAAUCAAUUUUCGUUCUGUUGCUAUGAUGGUUCCCGAUCGUCUACCAAUUAUUCGUGUAAAAAUGGCUGCAUGUGGUUUUCGCGAGAAUGUGCCAUUAUCAAAAAAAUUUUAUACAUUGUAUAAACUAUGCGAAGAACAAUUGAGUAAACAAGUUCAUUAUGAUUUUGGUUUGAGAAAUAUUUUGUCAGUGCUGAGAACAUUGGGUGCUGUUAAACGAGCAAACAAAAGUGAUCAAGAAAAAACAAUUGUCAUGAGAGUAUUGCGAGAUAUGAAUCUAUCAAAACUGGUGGAUGAAGAUGAACCACUAUUUAUUUCGUUAAUCAAUGAUUUAUUUCCAAAUAUCAGACUUGAAAAAGAAAAGUAUGCUGAUCUGGAAUCAGCUAUUAAUAAAGAAGCACAAGCAGCCGGUCUCAUUAGUCAUCCACCAUGGAUAUUAAAAAUUAUACAAUUAUACGAAACACAACGUGUCCGUCAUGGAAUGAUGACAUUGGGUCCUACAGGUGUCGGCAAAACUUGUUGUAUUCACACAUUGAUGAAAGCAAUGACCAUUUGUGGUGAACCACAUCGUGAAAUGCGUAUGAAUCCAAAAGCCAUUACUGCACCGCAAAUGUUUGGCCGAUUAGAUGCAGCUACAAAUGAUUGGACAGAUGGAAUUUUCUCCACACUAUGGCGACGUACAUUGCGUACAAAAAAAGGUGAAUUUAUCUGGUUGGUACUCGAUGGUCCUGUAGAUGCCAUAUGGAUUGAAAAUUUGAACUCUGUAUUGGAUGAUAAUAAGUCAUUGACAUUAGCAAAUGGUGAUCGAAUAUCAAUGGCUUCUAAUUGUAAAAUAAUAUUUGAAGUACAUAAUAUUGAUAAUGCAUCACCAGCAACGGUAUCUAGAAAUGGUAUGGUCUACAUGAGUAGUUCUGGAUUAGAUUGGAAACCAUUAAUACAAGGCUGGAUAAAACGUGAUCGUUCAAUUCAUGAUGGUGACAUACUCAUGCGUUUAUUUGAAUCAUCAUUUCCUCUAUUAUAUCGAUAUUUUGCUUUAUAUCUCAAAUCAAAAAUGCCUGUACUUGAAUGUAUGAUUGUCACACAAGCAUGCAAACUAUUGAAUGGUUUAUUGCCUGCUAAAGAUGCUAAAGAACAAUUAAAUCAAUUGCAUAUUGAACGUUUAUACGUCUUUGCCAUCAUGUGGAGUGUAGGCGCAUUUUUAGAAUUAGAUGAUCGUGGUCAUUUACAAGAAUAUAUAUUAACAAAUCAUGAUGGACUUCGAUUGGAUACGCCGGCUGUACAAUUAAAUACCGAAGAAUCAAUAUUCGAUUAUUUUGUCAAUGACAAAGGUCAAUGGACUCAUUGGAACACGGUUGUAACGGAGUAUGUAUAUCCAAAAGAUCAUGAUCCCGAAUAUUCAUCAAUUUUGGUGCCAAAUGUGGAUAAUGUCAGAACAGACUUUUUAAUACAUACAAUCGCGAAACAAAAUAAGCCUGUGCUAUUAAUUGGUGAACAAGGUACAGCUAAAACGGUGAUAAUCCAGAGUUAUAUGGAUAAAUAUAAUGCCGAAGAACAUGCUGCAAAAACUGUUAAUUUCUCAUCAGCUACCACACCAAAUAUGGUUCAACGUAUAAUUGAAAGUUAUGUUGAUAAACGUGUUGGUUCAACCUACGGUCCUCCGGCUGGCAAGAAGAUGACCCUCUUUAUCGAUGAUAUUAAUAUGCCGACAAUAAACGAAUGGGGCGAUCAAAUAACAAAUGAAAUUGUUCGUCAACUUAUUGAACAGGGUGGAUUUUAUUCAUUAGAAAAACCAGGAGAAUUUAUUAGCAUCGUUGAUAUGCAAUUUUUAGCUGCAAUGAUUCAUCCGGGAGGUGGUCGAAAUGAUAUUCCGCAACGUUUAAAACGUCAAUUUGCUAUCUUUAAUUGUACAUUACCAUCGAAUACGUCAAUUGAUAAAAUAUUUAGUGUCAUUGGCUUGGGUCAUUAUUGUAAAGAACGUGGUUUUACAGAUGAAGUACGGAAUUUAGUCGAACGUCUUGUACCAGCUACAAGACGUCUAUGGCAAUUAACAAAGGUGAAAAUGUUACCCACACCGGCUAAAUUUCAUUAUGUAUUUAAUUUACGUGAUUUAUCGAGAAUAUGGCAAGGAAUGAUUAAUACAAUACCACAAGUAAUUAAUAAAGAAAAAAUUCUGAUUCAGUUAUGGAAACAUGAAUGUACAAGAGUCAUCUGUGAUAGAUUUGUAACAGAAGAGGAUAUAACAUGGUUUAAAAAAACGUUUAAACGUGUAGCUGAAGAAGAAUUAAAUGUCCACUAUGGAGAAUACACGACAUCCUUAGCAUAUUUUGUCGAUUUUCUCAGAUUUACCGGACAAGACGAUUACCGUUGGUAUUUUAAAACAAUUGAUCGUGUCGUUGGAGAAGAAUUAGGUGAAAAAUAUUUGCCAUGGGUUAAACCAAAUGAUAUGUUUGUCGAUUUUCUAAGAGAUGUACCUGAACCAACUGGUGAUGAACCCGAAGAUGCUGAUUUCGAAGCACCAAAAAUCUACGAACCUAUUGCUUCAUUUGAACAAUUAGAAGAACGUUUAAAAAUGUAUAUAAGUCAAUAUAAUGAAAGUAUUCGUGGUUCUGGAAUGGAUUUGGUAUUUUUCAAAGAUGCCAUGACACAUUUAAUUAAAAUAUCGAGAAUUAUUCGAACACCGAGAGGAAAUGCUUUAUUAGUGGGUGUGGGCGGCUCAGGAAAACAAUCACUGACAAAGUUGGCAUCAUUUAUUGCCGGAUACAAAACAUUUCAAAUUACAUUAACAAGAGCUUACAAUACGAAUAAUUUACUUGAAGAUUUGAAAACAUUAUAUCGUACUGCUGGCAAAGCAGGCAAAGGUAUUACAUUUAUAUUUUCUGAUCAAGAUAUUAAAGAUGAAUCAUUUUUGGAAUAUAUCAACAAUGUUCUGUCAUCAGGAGUUGUUCCUGGUAUGUUUGCACGUGAUGAAAUAGAUGAAAUAUGUCAAGAAUUAAUACCGAUAAUGAAAAAACAAUAUCCAAGACGUGCACCAACAAAUGAAAAUUUAUACGAUUAUUUUCUUACACGUGUUCGACAAAAUUUACAUGUUGUCCUAUGUUUUUCACCUGUUGGAGAAAAAUUUAGAAAAAGAGGUCUACAAUUUCCCGGAUUAAUAUCUGGAUGUACCAUAGAUUGGUUUCAACGGUGGCCCAAAGAUGCUUUAGUUGCUGUUGCUGAUCAUUUUCUCUCUUCAUUCUAUAUUGUGUGUUCAGAUGCCAACAAGAAAGACUUAGUUCAAUGUAUGGGUGCUGUACAUGAUGGUGUAGCUGAAUAUUGUCUUCAAUAUUUUCAAAAAUAUCGUCGGGCCACACAUGUAACACCAAAAUCGUAUUUAUCAUUUAUUAAUGGUUACAAAGAAAUAUAUGAACAAAAAUUACAAGAAAUUGAAUCAAUGGCCAAGAGAAUGAAUGAAGGUUUAACAAAAUUAGCCGAAGCUGAAAAAGCUGUUCAUUCGAUGAAAGAAGAGUUAACUGUCAAAGAAAAAGAAUUGGACGUUGCAAAUAAAAAAGCAGAUGAGGUAUUGAAAGAAGUUGCUGUUACAAAAAAUGAAGCUGAAAUUGUUAAAAAAAAAGUUCAGCGUGUUAAAGAUGUUGCACAAGCGCUUGUCGAUGAAAUAAAUCGUGAUAAGUUGCAAGCAAAUGCUGAACUGGAAAAUGCUAGACCAGCACUAUUGGAAGCUGAAGAAGCUUUAAAAACGAUCACACCAGGUGAUAUAGCUGUUGUUCGUCGAUUAGGCAAACCACCGAACUUAAUUCGUCGUAUUAUGGAUUGUGUAUUGAUUCUUUUUGUACGACCAUUAACAAAUCCAAUAAGAUUUGAUAAAGAAACAGAGAGUCUAGAACCAUCCUGGGAAAGUUCACUGAGGUUUAUGUCUGAUACAUCCUUUUUAGCCCAAUUACAAACGUUUCCUCGAGAUCGUAUUAAUGAUGAACAAAUUGAACUACUUCAAACAUAUUUUCGUGCGCCAGAUUAUACGAAAGACGGUGCUAAUAUAGCAGCUGGAUCAAUUGCCGGUCUUUUGACGUGGACACGUGCUAUGGCCGAUUUCUUUUAUGUCAAUAAACGUGUUAUGCCAUUGAAAGCCAAUUUGGCGAUACAAGAAGCCCGUUUAGUCAAGGCAAAUAAUCAGUUACAGAUGGCUCAAGGUGAGCUAGAUAAACGCGAAGCGGAAGUGGCUGCGGCACAAGCCGAAUACGAUUCAGCGAUGGCAAUCAAACAACGUUUGCAAGAUGAUUUGGAUCGAACGUUGAGACGAAUGAAUGCUGCAACAGAAUUAAUAUUAGGCUUAGAAGAUGAACAAAAAAGAUGGACCGAUCAGAGUAAACAAUUUAAAGCACAAAUUGUAAAACUUGUUGGCGAUGUAUUAUUGUGCACUGGUUUCCUUUCAUAUCAAGGUCCAUUUAAUCAAGAUUUUCGUUUAUUACUUGCAAAAGAAUGGCAAAAGUUGUUGAAUGAACAAAAUAUUCCGUUUACGAGAGGUCUCAAUGUCUCAGAAUACUUGACAGAUGUUACAGUUGUGGGUGAAUGGAAAUUACAAGGAUUACCAAACGAUGAAUUAUCGAUACAAAAUGCGAUUAUUGUAACAAGAGCUAAGCGGUAUCCACUGUUGAUUGAUCCGCAAGGGCAAGGAAAAGCAUGGAUUCGUAAUAAAGAAAUUGCAAAUGAUCUGCAAUCAACUAAUUUGCAAUCAAAACAUUUUCGUCAACAUUUGGAAGAUUGUUUAUCAUUGGGUCGACCAUUAUUGAUUGAAGAUGUUGGUGAAGAAUUGGAUCCAGCUUUAGACAAUGUUCUAGAAAAAAAUUUCAUUCGAUCCGGUUCAACAUUAAAGGUGAAAGUAGGCGAUAAAGAAGUAGAUGUCUUGAAAGGAUUUAAUUUGUAUAUAACAACAAAAUUGGCCAAUCCAGCAUUUACACCUGAAAUAUCUGCAAAAACAUCGGUAAUUGAUUUUACUGUAACUAUCAAAGGUUUAGAAGAUCAGUUAUUGGGUUUAACAAUUUUGAAAGAGAAGUCAGAUUUAGAAACAGAACGUGUCAAGAUGUUAGAAGAUAUUCAAGCAAAUAAUAAACGAAUGAAAGAAUUAGAAGACAAUUUAUUAUUGAGAUUAACAAAUUCCAAAGGCUCAUUAGUCGACGAUGAUGAUCUAAUAAAAACGUUAAAAACAACAAAAUCUACAUCAUCCGAUGUUAAACAAAAGCUGGCAAUAGCUACUGAAACAAGCCAAAAAAUUAAUGUGGCACGAGAAGAAUAUCGUCCAGUAGCUACUCGUGGAUCAAUUGUCUAUUUUCUUAUUGUCGAAAUGUCAAUGGUUAAUGUUAUGUAUCAAACAUCCUUGAAACAAUUUUUACAAUUAUUUAAUCAAGCACUUGAACGAUCACCGAAAAAUCCUGUGACAGCAAAACGUAUAACAAACAUCUUGGAAUUUUUAACGUAUGAAAUUUAUAAAUAUGCCGUGCGUGGUUAUUAUGAAGAGCACAAAUUUAUGUUUACGCUUUUGCUUGCACUUAAAAUUGAUCAACAGUCAGGAAAAAUUAAAUUUGAUGAAUUUCAAACUCUUGUCAAAGGAGGAGCAUCAUUAGACGUACAAGCUGUUCCGCAAAAACCCUCAAACUACAAAUGGUUACAAAGUGAAUCAUGGUUGAAUUUAGUUGAAUUAUCAAAAUUAUAUCAAUUCUCUGGGAUUCUAGAUGCUAAAGACGAACCGGAAAAAGCUGAGUUACCUGAUGGUUAUCAAACACUAGAUCCCUUUCGUCGUUUAUUACUUGUUCGAUCUCUCACUCCAUCACGAUUUAUACCACAAGCAAAUAGAUACAUUGAAGAUUCAUUAGGAUCUAAAUAUGUCGAAGGUGUUGUGUUGGAUAUGGAAAGAAUGUGGGAUGAAUCAGAAAAAUCUUCACCAUUGAUUUGUUUUCUGUCAAUGGGUUCGGAUCCAACAGUCCAAAUAGAAACAUUAGCAAAAAAGAAAAUGAUCGAUUGGCAUGCCAUCUCAAUGGGUCAAGGGCAAGAGGUGCAUGCUCGACGUUUACUGUCUCAAGCGUAUACGAACGGUUCUUGGGUGUUGCUACAAAAUUGUCAUUUGUCUUUGGAUUUCUGUGAAGAAUUUUUAUUACAACUAACCAAUAACAGUGACCGAAUACACCCCGAUUUCCGUCUAUGGAUAACUACAGAAUUACAUCCGAAAUUUCCCAUUGGAUUAUUACAGAUUUCAAUUAAAUACACAGCUGAACCUCCUCAGGGUGUCAAACCUGGUUUAAAAAGAACAUUUGCUGGUUUAACUCAAGAACAACAAUUAGAAUCUAAUUCACAUGAGAAAUGGCGACCACUACUGUAUGCUGUAGCAUUCCUCCAUACAAUUGUGCAAGAGAGACGAAAAUUUGGUCCAUUAGGCUGGAAUAUUCCAUACGAAUUUAACACAUCCGACUUUAAUGCCACUGUACAGUUUAUACAAAAUCAUCUAGAUGAAAUUGAAGUAGGAAAACAACUGCAGUGGAAAACAAUUCAUUAUAUGAUCUCAGAAGUGCAAUAUGGCGGUCGUGUGACAGACGAUUUUGACAAACGUUUACUGAAGACUUAUGUCAAAUGUUGGUUUCGAGAUGAAAUGUUCGAAUCUAAUUUUCAUUUUGAAGAUCCAAAAUAUCGUAUACCAAAAAUGGCUACAAUGCAAGAUGUUUUUGAUUAUAUUAACGAAUUACCAGCUUAUGAUUCGGGAAAAGUAUUUGGACUUAGUCCAUUAGCUGACGCAAGAUACCAAGAGGAUACAACUCGUAAAGUGCUCGAUACAAUUUUGAGCAUUCAACCGAAAGAGGCUCGUGGUGGAGCUGGUGAAACACGUGAAGCUGUCAUCUAUCGUUUAGCUAGUGAAACUCUUGAAAAAUUACCACCUGAUUACAUUGCACAUGAAGUUAAAGAACGUCUUUCAAAAUUAGAACCGAUGAACAUCUUUCUACGUCAGGAAAUUGAUCGUUUUCAGCGCGUACUUAACGCUGUUAAAUGGACUCUUACAGAUCUCAAAUUAGCUAUUGAUGGUACCAUUGUAAUGAAUGAAGACCUGAGAGAUGCUCUUGAUCGAAUGUAUGAUGCUAAAAUACCACGGGUGUGGUUAAAACUAUCAUGGGAGUCGUCAACGUUAGGUGCCUGGUUUUCUGAUUUGUAUCAACGUAAUGACCAAUACCGUUCGUGGUUGAAGUUAGAUAAAGAACAGAGACCACUGACAUACUGGAUGACAGGAUUCUUUAAUCCACAAGGAUUCCUAACAGCAAUGAGACAGGAAAUAACUCGAGCGAAUGCUAGUUGGUCAUUGGAUAAUGUUGUUCUAACUAAUACCGUGAAAAAAUUCGAUAAAGAUCAAGUCAAAGAUCCACCAUCUCAAGGAGUUUAUGUUUAUGGACUCUACAUCGAAGGUGCUAAAAUAAAAAAUGGUGCGUUAGAUGAAUUGAAAGUAAAUGAAAAAAUGCUCACACAUCCCAUGCCAAUUAUACAUAUCAGUGCCGAUGCUGAAGGAGCACAAAAAGAUCGACGACCAGUAUACUAUGCACCAGUCUAUAAGAAACCAAGACGAACAGAUCGAAAUUAUGUUUGCACAUUGAAACUCGAGUGUCCACCGGGAGAUAAGGUUCCUGCUGAUAUAUGGACAUUGAGAGGGGUAGCAUUACUUUGUGAUACAAAAUAA